ACUGAAAGAUUAAUAUUGGAGAAGUCAGUGGACAACUUGGAUGAAACUGUAGCUCCCAAUCUUGUCUCACAAUUUUACACUGCUAACCAGAGCUUGGGAUCUCAAGGGUCAUCAUCAAAAACCCAGCCAGCAUCCUCUCAGUUAGACUCAGAUUCCAGCAGGACUCUUGUGAACGAGUCACCCAAUUACUCAGUGGAAAAUUUCAAUGUUGCUGCUGAGCAACUUGGUGGAGAUAGCAAAAAUCAAACUGUCCCCUUGAAAAGCGACAAGUCGGAAGAAACUCUCCAGGAUGAUGAAAAUGAGGAAGAGGAUUCUGAUGAGGAGAUUGUUGGUCCGAGCCCUCAGCACACUCUACGGGGCAGUUCACAACUUCACUGUAGUAUUCCUUCCAGUUUUAAAUUUAUGCCCAAGCACAAACAGACUCACUCUAUGCUGGGGCUCAAAGUUGACAAGGUCCUUACAGAAAGUCUGAACAGUUCAUCUUUGAAAGAUGUGAAAUCAGUUUACAAAAAUGAUGAAGAUAACUUUAUUGAUGUGGACAUUCAAGACACAGCAGAAGAAGUGUUUGUAGAUUUAGAUGGGGCUUUGCAAGAGAUUGAUCGAAACACUUUAGUGGAUCCAAAUACAGAUUUUGCACAGGCUAAAACUGAACAAGAAGUGCAAGUAGAGCAAUCUUUCAUGGACAGCUUUGACAGGGUACCUAAGAAAGCUGUUGUCGAGUUCCCUCAUGUGCAGGUUGUAAGAAAGAAAGAUGACAGAAAAAAACUGGAAGGGUUUAGUUGUCAGGAAUGUUAUGAGUAUUAUAAAAAUUCUGGUUUGUCUGAUGAGGCCAUGAAACAAAAGAUGAAUGAAUGCUCCCGACAUCGCGCCAAGUAUAUUCCACCAAGUACGCCAGAGCAUUUCUGGUCAAUAGGCUUUCCUGACACAGCAGAACUUUAUGAUAAGAGUCAUUGUCAAAAAAGUGAAACUCCAAUGAAAAGUGAAAAGAACCCUCGCAGGCGCAGACGUCUUGAAAAGCGUUUCAAAUCUCGAAAUGAGGAAGACUUUCCUGUAAGCUAGAAGCUUUUAUAGGGGUAGAAAAAGUAGAAAGAAACUAGAGACAGGGUUUGUGAUUGUACUUAACAAGUUCAAGUCUUGAUUGCAACCACAUAAUGUAUAUAUAUAUAUUGAAAAUUUAUAGUGUCAUGUGUUGAUGUAAAAUCCAGAUGGAAAUUACUUUGUGAAUUUAAGUAAAAUUUUUGACAAGUGUUCUGUUGCCAUGAAACUUUCAAGUGGUACAUUAUUGUAGAUUUUUUUCAACUUUGUCAAAGCUAAAUAACAAAAGAAAACUCAGGCUUAAGUUAAAAUAAUACACUAGGUAGUAGUACAAUAUUUUUGUGCAUAUAACCUGCGGGUUAUACAAAUUUUUACAAAUGAAUAGCAGCUGUGCUGGGUAAACAAAAUUCAUUUUACUCAUAAACAUAGCUUAACUGAAACUAUUGACACACCGGUGGGUCUUUAUACCUCCUAUAGUUUGCUGUUAGGCUUUGAAAAGAAAACAAAUAGUACAGAUGGGGCAGAUAAUCUUCAAUAUCCAUGAUAAGCAACAACUUUAUGUACUGGCUGUUUCGGCAAGUCACACUUUGCACAUGUGGCGUAUAUAAAUGUGCAGGGUGUACAAUUUUGUUUGACUGUUUGUUACUUUUUUUUUAAUUUAUGCUGGGUAUAUGCGCCAAAAUAGGUAAACCUUGUUGGAGAUGGUUGGGGGCAUCUAAUGUAUAGGUAGUCACUGUUUCAGUUAUAAAGUGUUAGGCACAUAGUUGUUAAAGACAAGCUUUGCUCUAUAAAUAUUUAAUUACACUUCUAAACAAAUUCAAUUGAACUCAUAAUUACUUGCCACGUUUAUUGUACCGGUAUUACAGCAUAGUGGUUAAGUGUUACAGUGCUCGCCUUCCAAAGCUGAAGUUUUAAACUUGAAAUCUCAACCAAGUUUAGAUUUAGAUUUUAGUUUAGAUUUUUACUAUGACUAUUUAGGUCAUCAGUGUCCAUCUAGCUCUGUGUUUCUGAUGGUGGUUUGUGCUGCUGUUCACACCACCCCACCUCUUCCAAACUUUAGCCCUUCAUACAAACAAGUACAUUUAAUGUCAGUGGUUCAUCGCCUUAGAUACAUUAAUUGUAUGAAGACCCACCAAUAGUGAACGAAAUAAAAAAGAACAGACUACGUAAGGCAGGUCACCUUGAAAGAAUGUCAGACAACAGAGGGGCGAAAAUUGUAUACAGGCAAAAACCAAAAGGCAGGCAACCCAAAGGCAGACCCCGAAUGCGAUGAAUAGAUGAUGUGCAAGCAGAUCUGAAGCAGCUUGGGGCUAGGGCGUGGAGACGAAAGGCCCAGGAGAAAUCUGAAUGGAAGGAUGUGUGGAAGCAGGUUAGAGCCCUCCAUGGGCUGUAGCGCCACUGGGAUGGAUGAAUGGUACAUCGCCUUGGUCCACUAAGUGGAAUUAGAAAGAACGUCCGUUAGAUGUAUUUUCUAAGAAAAGAUACUGUGCUCACUCCAAGUCCAAGCUACUCUUUUUUUUUUUUUUACAAUUGGUGUUUAACUGACCUUUAAGUAGUCAUAGCUUAUGGGUAUUUGAGAUUGCUUUGUUAACAUUCCUGCUUCAAAGACAAGUGUACUUUUUGUAUCCAUUUGUAUAAGAUAAUAUUUCAAAGAAUGCAAUUCUCUGAGUUAUUACCUUGAUCUCUUGUCAUAAAUUUCAAAUGAAUAGAAUUUGGGGACUUAUAAUUAAAUUGAUUGGUGUUUUAAAGAAAUUGUUUAAAAUAAUGAUCUGUGUAUGUCUUUUGGUUAUAUUUGAAAUGUACAAUUUAUUUUGUAUCAACAAUGUGAUCAUGUAUUAAAUAAGUUUACACUCUUUUACUU